AUGAAUAUAAACGGCAUAAUGAAUGAAUUUAAUAGCAAUGAUAAAAAAUGGUAUGAUGAAUUCCCGAAGGAAACGAAAGCUUGUAAACAUUCUUGCAGUGAAGUUGAUGUAAUUAAAUUAAAAGAAGAUGCCAAAAAACACUUGGAUGCUGAGACUGCAGCAUUUCAAACAAAAAAAUCAACCGUACGAGAUUCUGAGUAUAAUUGGUUAAAAACAGCCGUGACUAGUGGUACCAAUGCUGAUAAAAUAGGAGCGAGUAUUAUUUUUAUUCAAGAAAACCCUAAAUGUAAUCUUAGUCGAUUAGUAAAUCUAGUAUCACAAGUCAAAGGUUCUCGGCACAGUCAAAGCAAUUUGUUAAUUACAUCAUUACGAGAUCUUUUUCUAUCUGAUUUACUUCAUCCUCAAUACAAGCUUUUAAAAUUUGAAGAACAAAAUCUUGAUAAAGUUGUACCAUCAAAUGACUCUACAAUAAUUACUAGAGACGUUCAAACUAAAAAGUUACUUUCUUACUGGUAUUUUGAAGAUCAAUUGCGUGAACAAUAUGAAAAAUUUAUUUUAUCCUUAUCAGAAGUAGCGUCAGAUACUGUUGAUGUUAAUCGUGAAAAGGCUGUUUCUGUCAUGACUAAUUUAUUAAUUGGUAAUUCUGAACAAGAGCACCAACUUCUUUCAUUGUUGGUCAAUAAAAUAGGUGAUCCAAAAUCAAAAGUCGCGUCUAAAGUUAUUUUUUGCUUAAAUAAUCUUCUAUUAGAGCAUCCUAAUAUGAAGAUGGUAGUGUUGCGAGAGUUAGAAAAAUUAUUGUUUCGAAAAAAUAUUAGUCAAAAUGCACAAUAUUACGCGAUAAGUUUACUUACACAAUUUGUUUUAAAUCGUGAAGAUGCUGACACUGCAACAAAUUUAAUUGACGUAUAUUUUGCUUUUUUUAAAGCAUGCUUGAAAAAAGGUGAACCUGAUAGUAAAAUGAUGGCAGCUAUUUUAACUGGAGUUAAUCGUGCUUAUCGUUUUGCUAAUAAAGAAGCAAUCAAAAUAAACGAUCACAUUGAUUCUAUUUAUAAAGUUGUUCAUGUUGGUUCAUUUAACGUAUCUCUCAACGCGCUUAGUUUGCUCUAUCAAAUUGUUGAAAAUGAUGCUCAGCAAGAACGUAGAUUUUAUACUGCUCUGUAUGGUAAAUUAUUCGAUCCUCAAAUUGGUUCUGCUAAAAAAAAUGCAGUUUUUCUUCAACUUUUGUUUAAAGCGAUGAAAAAUGAUAAAAGCGUAACACGGCUUUAUGCUUUUGUCAAACGAAUUUUACAGAUUUGUUUAUAUUUUCCAGCUUCUUUGAUAUGUGCUACUUUGUGUAUUAUAUCACAAAUUUUACGGUCUAGAAAAGAUUUGAGGCAGAUUUUAUUUAAAAGUACAGUUGCAGUCAAAGCAGAAGAAAAAAUAAGUGAAGCUACAGAAAACAAUAAAGAAAAAGAAGUUGAGGAAGAAAUCAAAUCAGUAUCAAAAACUAAUAAAAAUAAAAAAUCUCAAGUUAAUAUUAUGUUACCGAAUGUUACUUUUGAUUCCACAAAUACUUCUGAGACCAAGGAAAAAACAGAAACAGAAAUUAAAAUUGAAGAAGAUACUACACUGAUUUAUGAUCCAUUUAAUGUUAAUCCAUUAAAAUCAGGAGCAAGUAAAUCCCCAAUAAUUGAACUCUUAGCUCUUUCAGAACAUUUUCAUCCUAGCGUGGCAUUAUUUAGUCGUAAUAUUAUUGAAGGAAAAACAAUAAAUUACUCUGGCGAUCCUUUAGAAGAUUUAACAUUGAUACGGUUUUUAAAUAGAUAUGUAUUCAAAAAUCCAAAAAAAUUAGAAGAAAAGAAAGUUACAAACAACGGCCCACUUGCAGUAAGGGCAAAAUAUACACCAAAAGGAAUACGAGCUAUUCCUGUCGAUAGUCAAGCAUAUCUUAAUGAAAAAGAAGAGCGCAUUCCUGUGGAUGAAUUAUUUUUGUAUCGCUAUUUGAAUAAGAAAAAUGAAAUUAAAAGUUUUGUUAAGAAAGAGAAAGAUGAUGAUGACACUGAAAAAUUCGCUGAAAUAUUAGAGCGACAAGGACAGUCUAAACAAAAACAAGGCAGUUCCAAUGUACUUAGCGAUCUGGAUGGGGCUAGUGUUAAACAAUUGGAUUGGGAGAUUAAAAGGAAUCAUAAAAUUUCUGGCAAGUUGGGUGGUAAAAAACGAUCAAAAUUUUCUAAAGCUGCGCCUGUGUCUCCACGAUCUUUGGUAAGGUAUAUUCAAUCUAAAUCAAUUACACCGCAAAUACAUCGUUGCGCGGCAUCCUUGUCUGCAUUCGAAAUUCAACAUAAGACACCAGCUAUUAAAAAAGUAAUGCCUAUACCUAAAGCUCAUUACGGUGGUCGUCAUACAGUUACAUUACUGCCUGGUGCUGGAAUCGGUCCUGAACUCAUGGGUUACGUCAAAGAGAUAUUCAGCUAUGCUGGAGUACCAGUUGACUUUGAAGACAUUGAUAUUGAUCCAAAUGCAGACAACAAUGAUGAUCUUGAGUAUGCCAUAACUUCGAUACGACGUAAUGGAGUAGCUUUGAAAGGUAAUAUUGAAACACGUAGCAGAGAAGUCGGAGUACUUUCUCGUAAUGUAGCCUUGCGUAAUGAACUUGAUCUAUACGUCAAUGUGCUUCAUUGUGUUUCUUAUCCGGGUGUCAAUUCUCGUCAAAAAAAUAUUGACAUUGUAAUUGUACGUCAAAACACUGAGGGAGAGUAUGCUAUGUUGGAACACGAAAGUGUCAGUGGGGUUGUUGAGAGUAUGAAAGUCAUUACCCGAUCUAAUUCGGAACGUUUAGCACGUUAUGCUUUUGAGUAUGCUAAACGUAAUGGUAGAAAAAAGAACUUUGGUGACCAAUACACCGUUUUUGAACCAGGUACUCGUAAUACUGGUGCUAAAAUUGCUGGAAAAAAUAUCGCUAACCCAAUAGCAAUGUUAAAUGCUGCUGUUGACAUGUUACGUCAUCUGGGUCAUAAACAUCAUGCCACCAUUAUUCAAAAUGCCAUUAAUAAAACUAUCAACUCUGGAAUUCAUACAGCUGAUCUUGGUGGUAAUGCAAACAGUCGAGAGGUUGUCGACAGUAUUAUGAAACACAUUAAAAUAGCAGUUAACUAA